AUGGGAGAUACUAUGGGUCACAAGCAUCAGAUGCAGAAGUUGGUCAAGAACCACAAUCAUCUUGGCAUCGGUGGAUUACGUCGUCCCGGUGCACCUCCUCUCAGAGAUUUGAACUAUAAUACAUGGCAAAAGCAGCAAACCAAUUGGCAAAUGAAUAAAGGAGAGGACCGAAUGCAAGCACUUUUCUUUGUUUCGCCGGGACGUGCAUCUUCUGGCACUGGAGUAUUUUUUCCGGCCACAGCUUCGCUUCCGCCAACCAAAAAAACAG